UCGGAACGGCGGGAGUGGCGGGGAAGACGACGGCGACGCCCCUUCGCCCCUCCAGGACCGCAGGACCGGAGCGGCGCGCCCCCUGCGCGGCUUGAGCCUUCCGGCUUGCCGUCCGCCGCUGCCGCCGCCAUUGGUUGAACUCCAGGCAGCUGAUCCUGGCGGCGGGGCUAGGGAGCUUCGAGGAUGGCGGCGUCUGCAGCGAUGAUUCUGCGGGAGAGCCCCAGCAUGAAAAAAGCAGUGUCGCUGAUAAAUGAAAUAGAUAUAGGAAGAUUUCCACGAUUGCUCACCCGAAUUCUUCAAAAACUUCACCUGAAGGCUGAGAAUAGUUUCAGUGAAGAAGAGGAAGAAAAACUUCAAGCUGCAUUUUCUCUGGAGAGACAAGAUCUUCACCUAGUUCUUGAAACAAUAUCUUUUAUUUUAGAACAGGCAGUAUAUUACAACGUGAAGCCAGCAGCUUUGCAGCAGCAGUUAGAGAACAUUCAUCUUAGACAAGACAAAGCAGAAGCAUUUGUCAAUGCUUGGUCUUCUAUGGGUCAAGAAACAAUUGAAAAAUUCAGGCAGAGGAUUCUUGCACCCCACAAGCUGGAGACGGUUGGAUGGCAGCUUAACCUUCAGAUGGCUCACUCUGCCCAAGCAAAACUAAAAUCUCCUCAAGCUGUGUUACAGCUAGGAGUGAGCAAUGAGGAUUCGAAGGGCUUUUAUGAAGAUCAAAUACUCAGUGUAUGUAAAGUACAUGAUGCUCUAUAAAUGCUGGCUGCUGCCAUCUUCAUCAUCAUCAAUAAAAGUUUUCUUGGGCUAAUGAAUAAAUAAAUCUCUUUGUUUUAAACCAAAGCUGCCACUAACUUUAUUUCUUGAUGAAAUUAACCUUUUCCCUUUUCUUUCAUUCUUUCUCCCUUUAAUUUUUGAUCAUAUUUUUCAUAUGUAUGCUUCUGAGAAUAGGGGAGGGAAAGGAUAGCCUGGAAAGUCCUUUAUUUUUUUUUCUCCCCAUGAACUAGGGAAGGCCUUCCUUUAGGUUUAGGAUAAUAACCUGGAACUCAGUGGUGUGGACUGGGACGAUUCCAUGAGGGAAAACACACACCUGUAUACACACAUACGUAUAUGCGUUCUCCAGGUAUACGUUCGCUGCUUUAUUUCUCGUGACUAUCAUAUGUUAAGUCUGAGUAGCUAAAUGGAGUUUAUGGCUUGGAAGGAUACAAUUUUGACUCUAUAUUUGAUAUACUUUAAGCAUCAUGACUUUGGCAGUGUGUAACUUUGGGAUGGAUGCUUGAGUCCUCCCAACUUCUUUAUUAUGUCUUCAAAACAUGUCUCUGUGUCAGUUAUAUCUUUAGGCAGUAGGAAUGAAUGAGUAAUGCUUCAAGUAAAAGAGUCAUGUUUUUAAUUCAUAUUAUUCAGGAAGUCUAUACAGAUGUGAGAUCCAACUCAUUUGAGAUAUAGGUUUGAGUACAUUUGUAUUUUUCUGUCUGUUGCUAUUUUAAAAUUUUAGAUGAACAUUUGGUUACCCUUAUGACUUGCAGAGCUAGAGAACCGUUUUCAUUAACAGACACUUGGGAAGAGGCGCAGCAGCACACAAAUGUAAAGGAUAUUUUCAUUUCGUAUGCAGACUUAAGUGACCCUCUUUCUCUGUGUUGCCUAUCUCCCCUGUGGCAUUUUGUGGAUUUGGUCCCUAUUUCUUAUAUAUUGUAAGCAGCAGACAUAAUGGAAUGUACAACCACGGUCAACCUGGUUAGAAACAUGCCCUCUCCAAGUGACGUGUGCCCUAGCUAUAAAGGAACAGUUAUCUACCAUACCUCUGUUCCCCUCAGUGAACUGCUGCUGGGAAGCUUUACUUUUUCUCCAUGUUUUUAUGAUCUGGUAUUCUAUUCUUUGUACUCUUGUUAUAUCUGAUUCCUUGAUGUUAAUUUUUACAUAACUUCUUUUAUUAAGGACCAAACACUACUCUUCCCCCAAACAUUUGCUCUGUUCUGAAAUGAGAAUUCGGGAAUUCUAGACAGGUUAGAAUAUUAGGUGAAAGGAACAUGAGUAUGGAACAUGUUUUAAAAACCAAAUUUGUUAAAGGAAGGGAGAAAUUUUAUUAAAAGGAAGAUUAAAAGUUAUCGCUGAUUAGUUUAUGAUGCAGAGUAUCAUAAAGUACAAAGUUGUCAUGCUUAAGAAAUUGACAUUUGUUUAAAACAGGAAACAGGUAAAAUUCUUUCAAAUGUAUGUUUUACAGUGUAGUUAUCCUGAAAGUACACAUAUAUUAAAAUAAUUCUGAGAGGAUUAGAGUCAGUGCAAAUUGUAAGAGAAUAUUUUGAUAGUAUUUACAAUACUUUUGAGCUGCUGAACUGAAAACUUACAGUAAUUCGCUGAAAAGCGUGGUUUCUAAGAAUCUCUUUCUUCUCAUUCCCUUCCAACAUACACAUGAAAAGUGUAGCCUGCAGUGAAGUUUUAAUUGCUGUCACUUUAGAUAACAUUGUUGUACUGGCCUCCUUUCUGUUAGAACAUUUCUGUCUCGAGGCUUUCCUGUUUUGCUACUAAUUUUAUCAUGAAAACUGGAUGAUUCUAGCUUUUCCUGUAGUAUUUUGAUAGAUAUUCUAGUUGUUUUCAGUUAAUUUUCUUACUGUUUGUCUACUGCAUUUAGCAAAGUAAGAUUAUCUUCCUGUUCCACACAUACCUCAAAACAAGUUUUCUGAGUUUUUUGGCUUUUUUGUUUUUUUUGUUUUACUUCAUUAGGGGGCAGUAGAGCUCUUUGCUUACCUAACCUCUGGCACUCACAGUGUUAUUUGAAAUAACAUUCAAAAUAAUUUGUGAAGUCAGUAGUUGUGGGAAAUGCUAAGUGUUUACAUUUCUAAUCUGUGUAUAACAAUAGAGUUCUCUUGUUUCCAUCAACAAAAUUAGUGCCUAUUAAUCAGAUAUGUACAGAACAAAUAAAUAAAAUCAUCCUGAUUUCAAUAUUUGCUAAUUUGUAUAUGAUCAUUUGCCAAAAUGAAAUUUAUUAAAAAGCCUUCUACACUGUUGAUUUUUUUUGUUACAUUCUGCCACCUGUAUUAACUUCUCUAUGAGAAAAGAGAAUACAAUAAUCCCAAAGAUAGUUGAAUGGCUGUGUUAGGUUAGAGCAUAACUGGUUCCAGACUAGUCAUAGAGACAGUUGAAAUUUCUUUAUUUAUAGAGAAUAGCAAUUUUAUAUGUAACAGAUUUG